AUGAUAAUAUAAUCUAAAAAAGGAGAAGGGAAUCAUUACGAGUCAAUGAAGGAGAAUUCCAAAAAUAGCAAAGUUGUUUAAAGGCAAUAUUCAGAGCCGUAUAAUGAUUCACUUUCCAAGCCAUCAACCAUAAAGACUUAAAUAUUUCAAGAAGAGAUGAAUAAGCUAAUUGAGAGUGGUAAAAAGAAUCAAGGUCUUACUUACAAUGAGGCAUUGCUGGCAGCAGGAGGAUUUGGUCGCUUUCAAUGGUUCACAUCAUUUUUUAUGAUAAUGCUUUACAAUUCAAGUGGGUAUCUGUUUUAUGGACUUGCUUACCUCGAACUAUACCCAGUUUAUAAAUGCCCAACGGAUAUUCCUAAAUGUGAUCAUACUGAUAAGUGCAGAGAUCCCUCAAUUCAAGUUGAUUGGAGUAAUGAUAAAUCUCUUCACAACUGGGUUGAAAAAUUAGAUCUCACAUGUGCUAAGCCCUUUUAAGUAGGUCUAAUCGGAUCAAUGUUUUUCGCUGGGUGGACAGCUGCAUGUAUUAUAGUGCCUAGAAUAGGAGAUAUAUAUGGGCGCAAGUGGAUUGUUUUCUUCAGUUAAUUUCAAUCAUUUGUUGUGUAUUUAGCUCUGAUAUUGUCUUAGAAUCUAAACUUUUCCAUCGUGAUGAUGUUCUUUUUAGGAUUGACUUCAGUGGCUAAGGUCGGUACAUCUUAUGUUUACUUACUAGAAUUGGUACCCUAGAAAAGUGUUACUGCUAUAUCUACAAUUGUCUUGUUUGCAGACGGUUCUACUAUGAUUUGGAUCUCCCUCUACUAUAAAUUCAUAUCUAAUGAAUGGUUGUAUCUUCAAAUUUUUGGUAUUACUAUUACUGGGCUUUCAAAUGUUACUAUGCUUCUAAUGCCUGAAUCUCCUAAGUUUUUCUAUAGUAUAAAAAAGUAUGAUUUAGCUAGGAAAAGUCUCAGAUACAUUGCUAGAUUCAAUAAAGUCUAAGAUUAUGAAGAUUGUGUCUUUGAUACUGAAUUCCAAGAAAUUAUGCUCUAGACCUCUAAUGCUAAAUAAUAAGAAGUAAAAGAUCAGGGAGUUAAUUUGAAUGGAACAGAUUAAGAUUAAUUUAAGGCCUUGCUUAAUCACUAUGAAAAAGAAAACUUGGAUAAUGCCACAGCAAUAUCAUAAAACAAUAAUGAAGCAAAGGAUUUAAAGAAAUAGGAGGAAGAUGAUAAAACAAGAAACAUCUUACAAAUCUAUUGA